AUGGUCGAGCUGUCGGCGGGCGCCAGCGUCGCUCUGGGAGUCAUCGUCGGCCUCGCCUCGACCAGCAUCCAGAGCGUCGGCCUCACCCUGCAGCGCAAGUCCCAUCUCCUCGAAGACGACAAAGAGCACGACGAUGAGAGGCGGCCGCCGUACAAACGCCGCAGAUGGCAGCUGGGCAUGUUCAUGUUCAUUAUAGCCAACCUCGUGGGCAGCACCAUCCAAAUCACCACCCUGCCCCUACCCGUUCUCUCCACCUUACAAGCCUCUGGGCUCGUCUUCAACUCCAUAUGCGCAUCCAUCAUCCUCAGCGAGCCCUUCACGCGCCACUCCUUGGUAGGUACCGUGCUGGUGGCCGCUGGAGCGCUGCUCAUUGCCCUGUUUGGCGCCAUCGCAGAACCCUCGCACAACCUCGAUCAGCUGCUGGCACUGUUGGGGCGGAAACACUUUCUGGCAUGGAUCAUCUCCACCGGAGUCAUCGUCAUCUUCCUCAUAGUCGCCACAUGGCUUUUUAAACGUAUGCAACCUCGCCCCACGCCGCGAUUACGGCUCAUUCGCGGCAUGUUCUUUGGCUGUGUCAGCGGUAUCCUUUCGGCACACUCUCUCCUCAUUGCCAAGAGCGCGGUCGAGCUCUUGGUUCGCACCAUUGUGGACCGCCACAACCAGUUCCAUCGCUGGCAGUCUUGGGUCAUCCUCAUCGGCCUCGUAGCCUUCGCCCUGACCCAGCUCUACUACAUGCACCGUGGGCUGAAGCUGGUGAGCACGAGUGUCUUGUAUCCACUCGUCUUUUGUGUGUACAACAUCAUCGCCAUUAUUGACGGGCUCAUCUACUUUGACCAGGGUGACCGGUUAUCAGGACUCCAUGCUGCCCUCAUCGCUCUGGGAACUGUGAUUCUAUUGGCUGGUGUCGUUUGCUUGAGUUGGCGUCUGGAAGAGGUCGACGAGGAACCUAGUUCGCCAUUGCUUGGCAAACAUGUGGAUCGAGUUCCUCUCCCUCAGAAUGUCCUUCAGCCUGGCCUGGGUCUUGUGCAUGGUCACAUCGCCGAUGAUUCCGAAUCGCUUCGGGAUAGUGAAGAAGAAGCCUCAGGUAUAACUGGCUCGGUGAAUGAGAGGACGUCGUUGUUGGCCCGCUCCUCUAGUGGGCCUGCCCAUACUUUGUCUACGCGACAAAAAAAUCGGAGAACCUCGGGAAAUAAGCACCACGGCGAUUCACGAGCGAAUCCAUCGUUCCGGAGAGCUCCAAGGAACCGGCGAGUGACACUCUCAGAGGAAACAAGUGAAAUCUGGGAUGAGCUCAACGACAGGGACGCGUUGCCGAGCCCGGUCAGACGCUCAACGGAUGUACAGAGGCCACGGUCUGGCACUCUUCCCUCACGAGCGCAAAACAGACAGUCUGCACGCCCUGAGCAGAUGCGCAAGCGUUCCUGGUUCGAAGGGUUCGGUACUGAACGACGGUGGGACCGCAGCAUAUUCCAGGGAAAGACAACCACCAACAGUUCCUCAUCACUUCUGGACCACCCCGACCCAGAGGACGGUGAUGACUCAGAGGCUGGCGUUGUGGAGACAUGGCGUCAAAGUGGGAGAUGGAAACAAGGCGGGCAAGGAAGCAGGGGUCGAGAUGGUGUAGGAGACUGGUUCAAGCUGAAGUGGUGGCGAAAGAGAUGGAGAGAGGGAGAAGAGGGAGAAGGAAGCCCAUGA